CAGAAAUGGAGCUGUGACUCAAGUGGUAGAGUGCUAGCCUUGAGUAAAAAAGCUCAGGAACAGUUCCCAGGCCAUGAGUUAGCACCCCCCCCAAAAAAAAAAAAACCACCUAAUUGUUGCUAAUACUUUUUAGUAACUUAUUUUUACAGAACCAUUCACAUAUAAUAGACUUGCUGAAUUUUGACAUUCCUGAUUUGUAAUUAGCUAGAGCACUAACUGGCAUGUGUACAUAGACCUUAGAAUUAUUAAAUUCUUAAUGAUUGUAAGUGGUGAGGUUACCACUAAAAUAUUGUAGGAUGUUUGAAGCAGUUUGCUGCUUGCUUCAGAAUGUCUCUUCUGGGAUGUCAAAAACAUAGUCAGGUACUGUGAGUACCAGGCUGUUUAUUUUGAAGUUCCAGAAUAAGACAUUGUGGAUUUUGGGUUAGAAUAGAUAAUGUGCACAUGUACUAAAGUUAGUUUAUGCUUAUCUGGUACACUAUAAGGGUAUAGAAAGCCCCAAGUUGGAAAUUGAGGUGGGAAAGGAGCUAGUAUCUACCUCUAUAUACUGAGAAUUUGUACUGAGAAACUGCAUAAGACAAAAGAAAUUUUGAUUUAUAAAACUGAAAUAUUAUAUAAGAAAAUUGUACCACCAAUAGCACAGGAUCUAAGUUAUGUUAGGUCGUUACUGAUGAAUUGAAAGGAAUGAAGAACUGGAUAUCAUUGUUGGAACCUUUCUGUAUUCCCAUAGAAUCAUUCAUAUAUCAGAGAAGCCAUAUUUUGCUAUAAAUGGUCAAAGCUGCAGGCCUAUUACAGGGCCUGUAGCGGUCUCUUUCACUGCUUUACUUGAUAGAGAUAGAUAAAUGGACAUUAGUUACAAAUUUAAAGAUAUUUUACUACUAUUUUAAGACAAAUUUUACUAAAUUUUGGAUUUGCAAGUUAAAGCAUACUUUUAUUGCACUUUAAGCAAAAAUGUCAGAACUAACCAGUGAAAUAACUGGUAUUAAAAGCGUUCAGAUACACAGUUUAAUUAGUUAUUUACAUACAAUGGAAGUGAAUAUGGAACCUGAAGAUUUCACAGCUAUUAAAAGUGAUAGAUUAUGCACUACCAGCAUGGAAAUAAUGCAUUCUUAUACUAAAAGAUGGUAGCAGAGGCAGCUUGAAAUAAACCAAGGACAGUGGCACAGUGGAGGAAGCUCUCUGAAGAUGUACUGUAGUGCUGAGAGCAGCCUCUGCACUUGCUUUUAACUGUGUUUGUUCUUCCACUCAUAGAAAUAAUAACAUGAUGUAGGUGAGAAAAACUGCAGACAAAAAUGUGUGAAAAGUUUUCAGUUUCCUUCCAUUUGCUGGUUUUAGAUUAGAGGGGGGUAAUGUGUUUGGUGUAUUAAUAAGUUCACAACUAUUAAGCAAUAAAUGGUGUUGAUCAAACAUGCCAUUGAAAAUAAAAUGUACUUUCAUUAUACUUGUCUAAAUAUGACCUCUUUUUUGUUGUUGCGUGCAUUUCAGAUUUCUUUUUAUAAAUGUUAACACGUAGAAAAGAUAAAAUCAAACAUAGCAGGUGUCAGCCUAAUUAUCAGUUAUUGCUAUCAUGGAAGGCAGUAAGUGUCUUGACAAACCUGUAGAUAUGUUUUUGAGCUGGAAGUGAAAUUUCAUAUUCCUAAGUAAUCAACUUUUUGCCCUUGUUGAGUAUCCUUUUUUGUUUGUGAAGUCUCUAUACUCUUUAUAGGUAGUUUGGCAUAUUAAUUGGAAAAUAGAAUUAAAUUUGUCACAUUAUUAGAUUGGGAUGUUUAGUUUUCUUAGGGUAGUGAAAGAUAGGGUUUGCACCUCAGGACCCAAAUUGAUUUACCAAAGGUACUCAGGUUUUACAGUUUUUAAAAUACCUAUUUACAACAGAUAAAAUGAACAUAAUAUCAAUAUAAAUAGUGUAAUAUAAAUGGUUAUAUAUGUUAAUAUAAGUAAUACAUAUAAAAUAAGUUAUUAUUUCACAUCUUCAGUAAGGCCUUUUUGUUUCUUUUGUGCAUGUUCAAAAUUUACAUUGAAAUAAUUGUCUCUUGAAAUUAACAAACUUUGUACUGUAAUGUUAGAAAAUAGGCAGUUGCUAAAGCUACUAAAAUAAUUUUAUUCUGCUCAUUAGAUGAGAUAUGACUGUUACUUAAAACAAGUUUGUAAUUCCAUCUUGAAUUCUAUAAUGUUGUUUUUACCUCUGUGCCAUGGUUAUUUUAGACAGGAUUUUGCCACUGAAACCAGGCAUGGUGCUUUUGAAAAUUCAUUACAUAUAUUCCAGCUUAGUUUAAUUUUUGUACACUGUUUUAAAAUACUUUUAAUGAUUUCAUAAUGGGAAUACAUAGCCAACUGCUACAUGAGUAGUUCUAACCAUACUAACAUUAGUCAACUUUUAAAAAAUUAUUUCCUUUGCUAAGAAGAUGAGGAGAAUGUGAAAGUUUCAGUACCAGAUUUAAUUUAUUACAGUUGAUCAGUUGAAUAUGACAAAUCAUGAACUUAUUUUGGAGUAAAUUUAAUUUUUAGAUUGUAGGCUUUUCCCUCUUAGUUUCUAAGAUUAUCUUAGUAUUACUCUUGUUAUUAGUCAAUUAAAAUGUUUAUAAGCAAGGUAUUAUUAAUCUUCAGAUAAGUAUCCAUAAGUUGGUUCUAAAUUUUAAUAUUUAAGAACUUUCCAGAGACUUAAGGUUUUAUUUUUAAAUUCUUGUAAUUUUUUAACAAUUUCCCAGGCCUGUUCUGUAGAAGUGGAUUCUUUUAGGUAUCAGAUAUGUAUUCUUGGAAAGGCCUCAUUAAGUGAAUGGGUGUAGGUUUCCUUCUAAACUGAAGCUGACUACAUGAAGUAGGUUUUUAUUUUCUUCUGUUUAUAUGAAAUUGAUUCUUUUGGAGGGUAAUCCUAGUUAUUUACAUCACAAGUAGGUUCAGUAACAGGAUAGAGGCCCUCAUUAAGGAACAAAUUCAAUUCGCACAUAUUUGUUUUUUCUUUUUCUUUUUUUUUGACUAAUUUGGUUAUUUGCCAUUUCUGGGGAUUAAACUUUAAAAAAUGUUCUUCUUUUCUGUAUCUGAUGUUCUGUGUGCUAUUAGUGAUGCAGCCAACACGAACGGUUGUCAUGUGUAACACAACUUUCGAUCACCGCGAAAACACCGUCCUGGGAAAGCGUCCAUGCUUGAUAUCGUUUGGUUCAUGAACAUUAAGUUUCCAGUACAGGUAAAAUCCCAGAGGAAUCCAAAGCCCUCUCUUUAUUGGCUCCUGCUCCAACUAUGACAAGUCUGAUGCCUGGGGCAGGAUUGCUUCCCAUACCAACCCCAAAUCCCUUGACUACACUUGGUGUUUCACUUAGCAGUUUGGGAGCUAUACCAGCAGCGGCGCUAGACCCCAGCAUCACCACGCUUGGAGAGAUCCCGCAGCCACCACUGAUGGGGAAUGUAGACCCUUCCAAAAUUGAUGAAAUUAGGAGGACAGUCUAUGUUGGAAAUCUGAAUUCCCAGACAACAACAGCUGAUCAACUAUUGGAAUUUUUUAAACAAGUUGGAGAAGUGAAGUUUGUACGGAUGGCAGGUGAUGAGACUCAGCCAACUCGGUUUGCUUUUGUGGAAUUUGCAGACCAAAAUUCUGUACCAAGGGCCCUUGCUUUUAAUGGAGUUAUGUUUGGAGACAGGCCACUGAAAAUAAAUCACUCCAACAAUGCAAUAGUAAAACCUCCUGAGAUGACGCCUCAGGCCGCGGCUAAGGAAUUAGAAGAAGUAAUGAAGCGAGUACGAGAGGCGCAGUCGUUUAUCUCAGCAGCUAUUGAACCAGAGUCUGGAAAGAGCAAUGAAAGAAAAGGCGGUCGAUCUCGUUCCCACAGUCGCUCAAAGUCCAGGUCUAGCUCAAAAUCCCAUUCUAGAAGGAAAAGAUCACAGUCAAAGCACAGAAGUAGAUCCCACAACAGAUCGCAUUCAAGACAGAAAGAUAGACGGAGAUCUAAGAGCCCACAUAAAAAACGCUCCAAGUCAAGAGAGAGGCGGAAGUCAGGGAGCCGUUCGCGUUCGCGGGACAAGAGAAAAGAUACACGAGAAAAGAUGAAGGAAAAGGAAAGAGUUAAAGAGAAAGAUAGAGACAAAGAAAGAGAAAAAGAGAGAGAAAGGGAAAAGGAACGUGAAAAGGAAAAAGAACGGGGCAGAAACAAAGAUAAAGACCGAGACAAAGAACGGGAAAAGGACAAGGAAAAGGAUAGAGAGAAAGAGCGGGAAAAAGAACAUGAAAAGGAACGAGAUAAGGAAAAAGAAAAGGAGCAGGACAAAGAAAAGGAGCGUGAAAAGGACAAAUCCAAAGAGGUAGAAGAAAAAAGGAAGAAGGAUAAGAAAUCCAGAACACCACCCAGAAGUUAUAAUGCCUCAAGACGAUCUCGUAGUGCCAGCAGGGAAAGACGGCGGAGGAGAAGCAGGAGUUCUUCCAGAUCACCAAGAACAUCAAAAACCUUAAAAAGAAAAUCUUCUAGGUCUCCAUCUCCUCGGAGCCGAAACAAGAAAGAUAAAAAGAGAGAAAAAGAAAGGGACCACAUCAGUGAAAGAAGAGAAAGAGAGCGUUCAACCUCCACCAGGAAGAGUUCUAAUGACAGAGAUGGGAAGGAGAAGCUGGAGAAGAACAGCACCUCAGUUAAAGAGAAAGAGCACAAUAAAGAACCAGAUUCAAGUGUGAGCAAAGAAGUAGAUGACAAAGAUGCACCAAGGACUGAGGAAAGCAAAGUACAACAGAAUGGGAAUUGUCAGCCAAACGAAGAGAGCCUCACUACCAAAACAGAAGCAGUAUAGGACUAAUGUACCUUUACAGUCAACGCUGGAGUAAAAUCCAAAGCUUUCCAUUCUCUCAGCAAGAUGUAAACAGCGAGGAAACCUAAUGGAGUGUAAAGAUAGGCGCCAACAGCUUCUCCAUCUCUUAGUUGAUGUGGACAUCUUGCAUGGACAACAUGAAAAUCCCAGAUGUUACCCAAACUCAUCAUCUACAAUCUGCAUUUCCAUGGUGGCUGACACACUUGUCAUGUGGUUUGUUAGUGUUUGCCAAGAACCAUUGCAAACAAACAUCAAAGAUCCAACUUUGUAUUUUCCCUAAAGACUUGAGAUAAGCAUCGGAGACUCUUUAGAGACUCUUUAAAGAAAAUGCUAGUUACUGAAUUUUGUAUUGUUUUACUUUUUUAAAAAAAAGUUCCAUAUAUACAGUUUGAUGAUGUGCUUGAAAUUGGUGCAAAUAUAUAUACACACACACUUGUACGUGCAAAGUAUGUAAGAUGUUUUAACAUUUACUUCAGGAUUUACAGUGAUUGUGGUAAAUUCUCACUAUUGUGUUUUCUUUUGCUCACUAUUUAGGACAACAGUUUUUCUUUAAGUAGUUUUACAGAUUAAAGUUACUUAAAUAAGUGGAUUAAUAUUAUCAAACAACUGACAAUGCAUGCUACUGUUCCCUUUCAAAAAGGAAGAACAACUGUGCUGAAUACUAAUACAAGUAUAUUAGUAUUCAGUGUUUAGAGUCAACGGGUCUACCCACACACCGUUUCUUUUAGAAGUUUCUUGAUAUUUCCAAGCUUCUUAUGAGUACUAUUGCAGUGUGUCUUGUCAGCAGUAGGUGGCAAAGAUGCUCUUAUCAAAAGAAACUCGGUUUUCAAGCGGGCUGUGGCGCACAGGCUGAAGCUUUAGUGCCUUCUAGAGCUUUACACGUGUUAGUCAUCCUCAAUUCAUAUGGAACCUAGAUGGCUACUCUAUUCACACCCCCAUCGAGAAGGGUAUAAGUGGUAGGUGGAAGAGCUUACUUAGAGAAGAAGUCCUGUUUUGAAGACCAGGGUUUAACCAAACAACAAUGCAGUUUUGGGACCAUCUGUUUUAUACUGUGAUAAUGGGAAAGUGAACAUGCCUUUUGUUUUUCUCCAAUCAAACCUUUUAGUUGAUUACAUUGGAUGGCCUUAAUUAUUACCUCUCAAUUGUUUUCUCAAAUGAUGUGUAGAAAUUAUAUUUAAAGGGAGGACUAGGAAUAUAAAGGAUCUUACUUGUUUUAUGUUUAAAGAUGCAUUUACUUGAGUUUAAAAUAUAGGUCACCCAUCAUUAUUAGGUUUUCUUUUCACAGAAAGUAUUCAAGUAGUAAAAUGACAGCAAUGCUGAAGUUUCCCCCCAAACUAUAACUGUAGUCUCUGAACUCUUUGCAUUGUUACAUUUCCAAAAAAGUGAUACUUUAAUUAGUAUGUUAAUAAAAAUCAAGUUUAAUUAUUUUAAUGCAGUCUAAUACAAUCAAAUUACUCAGUUGCCUUACCUCAUGGGAUGAGUUACUUUUAUAGAUUUAAAGCUAAGUAACACAUAAGUUACUUAGUUUCAACUUGAGUUUUGUUUUAAUGUUAAUACUGUUGAAACUUUUUAAGCAUUUGGUGGAGAAUGGAAAGAGUUGCCCUUUUUGCAAGUAAUGAAGCCUGAUUUGAUUACGAAGCUGCUUAAUCAUCUUCAUGUGUUCAGAAUUACUGUGUUUUACUGUGUACAUUAAAAUUUUAGAAAAUGCUUUACUAUGUAAAGCAUAAUGGUCAUUGUAAUCAUGCAUCCACAUACGUUGGCUGCUAAACAGCGUAUUCUGAUAUAAGAAUGCUCAGAUGCACAUGGGAAGAUUGUGAAGGAGUGUGUGUCUCGCAUCAACCGCUGUCUUAUUUAUGAUGUGUAAGUAGAAUAGAGCAUAUGUUUGGACCUUUGUUAUUUUUCAGUACCAUUUCUCUAAUAAAGCUAAGUAUUUUAGAGGAAAGUUAUUUGUUUAUGCAUUUCAUAAACCAUCAGAUUUCAUCUUGCUCUUGUUUUAGUUGCUAUAGAGAUUGUUUUGGGAGGGUGCAUGUUUGUAUGGGGACUAUAAAACAAUCUUUUAAAGUUUAAGUGUAUUCUUGUACUCUGGAUCUUCAUUAAAAUAUUUUUUAUGUUGGAGGUUAAUAUUUAA